AUGGGCAAUCUCAAGAUCAAAUGCGUCGACAGCGGCCAAAGGUCACUUACCAGGCUGCCCAACCACCUACUCGUCGAGAUUGGGAGCAGACUACACUGCGGCGAUCUCCGCGCUUUGGUGAUGACGAACAAACGUUUCCACGCGGUGUUUGAAGAAAUGCUCUACAAAAAAGAUACGUCAGGCCCUGACGAUGCUAAAUCCCUGUCCUGGGCGGCGAAGCGCAGUAAUUUUGUCAUCGCCAACAAAAUUAUCAAUUUCGGCGGCAAUCUCGAUACUCCCAGCGGCAAGCUGAGCGGAUCUAAUGAAAGAGUUACAGCUCUCGUUCUCUCUAUGGUCUCCGGAUCCCGUGCCAUGGCUACAAUGCUGGUAGUAGCGGGUGCGAAUGUGGACAAAGCACCAAACGCGUCGAAAAUUCCCGUCUUUCUUGCACUCAAGAAGAACUGGCUCAGCCUUUUGGAGUUGAUGGUCUCAUUUGGCAAGGCGAACUUGGCUGUAAUCAAUGAAGAGGGCUACGGCUUACUCACGGCAGCGGCGCACCUCGAUAAUCUGAACGCUGUUCGCUAUUUGCUGUCCGUCGCGUCUCGUCUCAGUCUGAAGCGUCCCGAGAAGGCCACCGCCUUCCAUGGCGCCAUCCUCCGCAACAACUUCGCCAUCUUUUGUCUACUCCUGGAAAAUCCGCACACAUCUCCGAAUACCCCUUGUGAACAAGGUAAAACACCACUGCAGCUUGCAUGCGAGCAAGGCAAAAUCGACUUUGUGCGCGCACUACUAGGCGACGCUAGAGUGAGCCCCCAACUUCCCGACGCUAAAAGCAACGACUGCCUGGUUUUAAAGGCACUUCAAGCGCAAAAGUUCGACUUGGUGAUGCUCCUGCUCACGCACGAGAAUUGCUGUAAGCCUGCUGCAGUGGUCUUCACCGAGGCGUGCAAGCUGAAAAGAGAGUUGAUUGCGGGUAUGGCCCUCGAGCUGCUCGAUCCGAGCGAGCAACAGGCUCGCGAGUGGAGGAAGUUGGCGCAGGAGCAUGGCCUCUGUGAUCUUGUCAACAUGCUGACACAGAUGUUUGAGCUGUAG